AUACCCUACUUCUCAAACUCUAGGUUGGCCGUCGCCGAGUCGAAGAGGAUUCAAACCCCUUUGCCCACAGCAAAAAAUGAAGUACAACCCACGAGUCUCCUCCUCUCGCCGCAAGAGCCGCAAGGCCCAUUUCACGGCACCCUCGUCGGUCCGCCGUGUGUUGAUGAGCGCCCCACUCUCAUCCGAUUUGAGGUCCAAGUACAACGUCCGGUCCAUGCCGGUGCGCAAGGACGACGAGGUCCAAGUGGUUCGUGGGACUUACAAAGGCCGGGAAGGGAAAGUUGUUCAAGUCUACCGUCGCAAAUGGGUAAUCCACAUCGAGCGCAUCACCCGCGAGAAAGUUAAUGGUUCGACCGUCAACGUUGGGAUUAACCCAUCCAAGGUUGUCAUUACCAAGCUGAGGCUGGACAAGGACCGGAAGUCGUUGUUGGACCGUAAGGCUAAGGGACGGGCUGCUGCUGAUAAGGAUAAGGGUACUAAGUUCUCUGCCGAGGAUAUCAUGCAGAGUGUCGAUUAAGGUUGUCUUGUUUUUCAUUGCUAUGAUAUGCUUUGUUAUGUUACAAUUUACGGAGUUUGCAACUAUUGGACAUCAUUUUUCAUAGUAUUUAUCUUCAUGUUAUUGGAUGAGGAAUCUGGGAUUUUGUAGACUUUGAUAAUGCUAUUAUAUAUUGCAAUUUUUGUUUUCAUUUUA